GUGUCCAGGGUGGGAGGUUCAAGUUUGUCAAAGUUGACGAGGCAAGAUAACCGAGGAUAUCAAGACGCCUUGCUUGCUUUGCUAAAGCCGGAAACAUACUACCUUGUACUUUAAAGCUUUUGGUUGAACUUCCGUCCUUUGUUGAAGUUUGUUCACUUUUAUAUUUGGAGUGAAACAUGUGCUGCAAAAUGUCAUCAUGUAAUUGUGAGUCCAUGUUUGCAUUAUGAGGACAUGUGUUAAUUAGGCAAGCUGCCUUUACAGCAACUACCAGCAUUUGAGCCACACCUCUCAGGCCCAGUAGGAUGUGGCACUUAAAUGACUUUGGAAAACGGAAGAAUGAAUAUCGUCCCCCUCAGCUAACAGGCCCGAUUCAUUUGCCUUGAUUGGAGUUGUUUUCCGUGCCAUAAAACUAUUUGAGUAAAUACAGCUACUUCUUCAUGUGUUUCAUCAUUGCAUUGACAUUUACCUUUCAUCAAAUAAUGCUUUCACUUGUUAGUUCCUUUACAUCCACCUUAGGAUAAAAAUGUUACGUGCUUUUAGUCUGCUUGUAGGCUGUUGAGGUAAGAUUUUAUACAUUCAACAGUGACCUGGUGUGAUAAAGCAGCUUGCACGUUGUCAGGAAGAAUGACGUCACGGCUGCUUCGAGUGGCGGAUCUCGCGGCCAAUGAGAUCGUUGGGUUUCCGCACCGUCACGGCCAUUGCAGAGUUCCGGGUACGCCAGACAAUCCCAGUCUCUUCGUAUCGUGGAGAGCUGAAUCCCUUCGUAGCCGAACCGUGCAACAUUACAUUUAGGUAGACCCAAAAAGGAGACAAACAAGGUUUGAUAAAAACGCCUGUGGUCACUUACCUUUGGAAUUGCACAAUGCAGAGACUGCAGGUUUUGAAGGGAGCUUUCUGUGGCUUAGAUGCAAUCCAACAGCAGCUUCUGAUUGGCUCAGCUGUGGCAGCAGGAGGAAUACUCAUACAUCUGCUUUACAAGAGAAGACAAGUCAAAAGUAUCCCUCUCGGUGAAGGGUGGUGGGGAGCAGGACAGAAGCCUGUGUCAGAAGAUGAGCAAAUCUAUCCUUUUGAAGUGCAAACCUCAGAUGAAGAGAUUGAGGACCUCCAUGAGCGCAUUGACCGAACCCGCUACGCCGAAUCUUUAGAAGAUGGCUGCUUCCACUAUGGCUUCAAUUCCACAUAUCUCAAGAAAGUGGUUUCCUAUUGGAGACACAAAUUUGACUGGAAAAAGCAAGUGGCAGUACUUAACAAGUAUCCACAUUUCAAAACCAAAAUCGAAGGCUUGAACGUGCACUACGUCCACGUGCGACCACCACCCCGCGAGAAUCAGAAGGUUGUGCCUCUCAUGCUGGUUCACGGCUGGCCUGGCUCCUUCUAUGAGUUCUACAAGAUGCUGCCGCUUCUCACGGAGAACCAUGACGGUCUGGCGUUUGAGGUCAUAUGCCCGUCCAUGCCUGGCUACGGUUUCUCAGAUGCACCACACAAACAAGGAUUUGACAGUCUCGCUGCCGCCCGCAUUUUCCUGACACUGAUGGAACGUUUGGGAUUCUCCCAGUUCUAUCUGCAGGGAGGAGACUGGGGCUCGCUCAUCACCACCAACAUGUCACAGAUGAAGCCCAUGUGUGUUAAAGGUCUCCACUUGAACAUGAUUAAGGCAAGAAUGGGGUUCUCCGUGAUGUUUUCCCUCAUGAUUGGACCUUACCUGCCAUUCCUGGUGGGCUUCAGUCGGGAAGACGUACGCCGAUUGUUCCCUUUCUUUGAGAAGAAUGUCUGGAGCUUCCUGAGGGAAAGUGGCUACUUUCACAUCCAGGCCACCAAACCAGACACUGCAGGCUGUGGGCUGAAUGACUCUCCCGUGGGCUUGGCGGCCUACAUUUUGGAGAAGUUCUCCACCUGGACUAAUCAGAGGAACAGAGCUCUGGCCGAUGGAGGGCUGGAGAGGAAAUUCAGCCUAGAUGACGUCUUGACAAAUGUCAUGAUCUACUGGACCACCGGCUCCAUCGUCUCCUCCAUGCGCUUCUACAAAGAGAACUUUAAGAGCAACCCUGACAAGAGAAGGGAUGCAAAGGUAGGGAUUACGGUGCCCACUGGACUUGCCGCCUUCCCCGAAGAGCUGAUGCACUGCCCGAAGUCUUGGGCACAACAUAGGUAUCGGAACAUCUACUCCUACACUUUCAUGCCUCGAGGUGGUCACUUUGCCGCCUUUGAGGAGCCCCAGCUUCUAGCUAACGACAUUGUCCAGUUUGUCAAAAAAGUAGAGAAGUUCUAAACCCAUUGAUGCACUCUUAAGAUCAUUAUUGUUAACUGCUUUUGAUUGCGGUCAAUUUUGAUUCAGACUGAUUUUCCAAAAGGGGAUGUAGAUGCACAUCCCUUGUGUAGGUUAUUGCACUAAAAUGCAUCUCACAGAUUGCUUCACUGUCCAGAUGUUUUCCAUUUUAAUAAAUGUAAACACACUUAAUGUAUCCAACGAUUGCAUUAAAGAAAUCAAAAUAAUGUAUCCAACGAUUGCAUUAAAGAAAUCAAAAUAAUGUAUUAAACAUGUUAAGAUAUGGUCGAAACAUAUCACACCGAUAUUAUGUGUGUUGGUCU